AUGAGGCGCAUCACUUUAUACUUUGCCUUCAGCCAUGAAAACGGUGGACGCGGGCUGCACCUCGGAAGUUUCUGGAAAUCGGCGCCGGUGACCGGGCUGACGCGUGCUGGCGGGUUUGUUUAUCUGACGCCUGUCGCGGGCUUUGAUGCGGGGUUUCAGAGUUGCUGUGUUGCUGUGGUCGAAAGCGGAGGAAUCGAGAGCGCGUCUAAUGAAUUUAGGGACAGACGCACGCCAGAUGUUGUGUCAUUUAAUUCAAAGAGCAGGAGCAUUGACAGUGCUGCAAAAAAACAGAUAAUUACCAAUACUGCGAGCACAGUCUCUAAUUUUAAGAUACUACAUGGCAGAUUGUUUCUGGAUCAUACAAUAAAGGGUCAUGAUGUAGAUGUAGAUGGACCGGGAGAACCAUUGUUGUUGACCAAACUGAAAGACAUCGCAGAAGCUAAUCCGCAGAAGAAAGCGGUGGACUGUGUCAUCUCCAUCCCCUCGUUCUUCACUGAUUCAGAAAGGAGGUCUGUGCUGGAUGCUGCCAAGAUUGCCGGCUUGAACUGCCUGAAGCUAAUGAAUGACAGCACUGCAGUGUCAUUUAUCAUUCCGGCGGCGUAAAACUGUGGCAUAUACGAGCAAGAUCUUCCAGGCUGUGAUGAGAAUCCAAAGAUUGUGGCAUUUGUGGACAUGGGCCACUCAUCUCUCCAGGUUGUCUGUUUGUGAUUUCAACAAAGGUGAGUCUCAGUGCUGUCGACGGCCUUUGAUCCUUAUUUGGGAGGAAAAGACUUUGAUCAGAGGCUGGUGGAAUACUUCUGUGCUGAAUUUGAGUCUAAGUACAAGAUGGAUGUGAAGUCCAAGACUCGAGUGAUGUUGCGACUGACACAAGAACGUGAGAAACCCAAGAAACUGAUGAGCGGCAACUUCACAGACAUUCUUUGGAACAUUGAGCGCUUUAUGGACGAUAAAGACGUAAGUGGGAAAAUUAACAGGGCCAAAUUUGAGCAGUUCCUGAUCGAAAGAGCGAUGUUUCCAUUGAUGAUGGCUGUAGUACAGGUUCAGGUGCGGCUUCAGGACAUCAGUGCUGUGGAGAUUAUAGGGGGAGCCACACAGAUCUCUGCUGUAAAGACCCAGAUCAAGUUCUUUAAGAAGUAUGUGAGGCUGAAUGCAGAUGAAGCAGUGGCCAGAGGCUGUGUGUUACAGUGUGCCAUGUUCUCUCUUGCUUUCAGAGCGCGAGACUUUGCAAUCACAGAUGCUAUCCCAUUCCCUGUUUCUCUGUCCUGGAUCAGUGAAGCAGAUGAAGGAAAAUCAUUUGGCAGGAAUCAUCCCUUCCCGUCAGCCAAAAUGAUCACAUUUUACAGGAGCAAGCCUUUUGUUUCUGGAAUCUUUUUCACAUCAAUGCCCUUUCCUGAGGCGGAGAUCGGUGAGAAUCGUGUACAGUAGAACAUUCAACUUCAGGAGAAUGGAGAAAAAGCUAGUAGGUGAAAGGUGAGAGUAAAAGUUCAAGCCAGUGGUAUAGUCAGCGUGAGCUCAGCUAGUAUUGUCCUGAGGGUCAGCUCAAACGAAUCUGAAACCAUAGAAAUUAAUUAUGUAGAAAUGCAACAUUCAGCUCGCCGGGACUGUCAUUGCUAGGACAAGAUGCAGGAGGCAAACAUUCAGCUCUCAGUAGACAAAGAAAACCUGCCAAAAGCACAGUGUCCCCCCAUGGAAAAAAAGCAGAAUCAAACAGAUGCACUGAGCUACAUUGUCUGUUCUUCACAGAUGAAUGGAGAAGUAAACAAUCACCCCCCUGAUGCUAAAAAAGCCAAGAUGAAGGUCAAACGUGUUGUUCUGCCCAUUGAGGAGACGUUCUCCCAGCAGUUACCAAAGGAUCGCAUCAGGACUUACAUGGAGCAGGGGAGCGAAAUGAUACAGCAAGACUGCCAGGAGAAAGAGCGCAACGACGCUAAAAAAGCAGUCGAGGAGAAUGCCUCGAACUACAAACACAAGCUGGAGGGUCCCUAUCUGACGUUUAUAAACCGCUCAAGUAAUGACCAUCAGGCGUUCUCCGAGCUUUUAAAUGGCACAGAGAACUGGCUGUACGAAGAGAGAGCCGACCGAGAUAAGCAGACGUACAUUAACAAGCUGGAAGAAAUACAUAAACUGGGUAAGCCUGUGCAAAACAGAUACCAGGAGUCCAUGCGGAGGCCUAAAAUGCUCGUGGAGCUGUCAGCCAAAAUACAAAGAUACAUGACUAUUAUGGAGGAGUAUAAGAAUGGAGCAAGAAUAAGUUUUCUCCGUCAUGACAAGGUCCGAGUGUGCUUUGAAGAUGUGGUGCGGAUGACAAAAAAGGAUUCUCAGAAUAAACGCACACCUGAUCAGAAACCUGCCAUGCACUGCACUGAGAUGAAGGGGAAAUUACAGGCACUUAACAACAUUUGUGAGGAGAUGGAUGAAAACAAUAAACCAGAGCAGCCACACAACAAAAAAAGCCCAGAAGAUGUAACUAUUGAAUACGCUGAUUUUGUUCAAAAUGAAGCAAAUAACAGCCAUGCCAAUAUUUAAUGUCUUAUUAUCAUGUAAUGCAAGUCACAUGUAAUAAUAUUUUUUUUUCCAAGUAACUAGUAAAGUAACGUAUUGCUUUUUAAUUUACAAUAAUAUAUCAGUUACUUUUUCAAAACAAGUGCGUGUGCUGUGAACAUGAUGCUACUGUAGUUCUAGACUAAAUGUCAACAUACAUUAAUUCUUCUAUAAUCUCAGAAUAUGACACAAACCUUCAAAAAUUAUUCAUGUUAAAUAACACAAAUGUAUCUAAUCCCAUUUUAUUAACCACUGUCUUUGCUGCUGGCUUUUGAUGACCCAGUUCAACCAUACUAAUAAGCAAAAAUUACUUCAGAUAAGAUUACUUUCAGCCUGAGGUUUAUUCAAUUGCUAUAAAAACAACUUAUUAUAUUAAAAGCAAGCAGUCGAGCCUUACUCAUAUUUAAAAAGUAAUACAAAAGUAAAUGUAAUCAGUUCCUUUUUUUAGGGAGUUUUUAUAUUCCUUUUAAAAGUAACUUUCCCCAACACUGCUUAUUAUAUUAGCAAUGCAGUAUGGCUGGAUUGCAUACAAUGUUGGCUGCUGGUGCAUUGUUCAGUCAUAUAUACCGAUAAAGAUAUUUGUUUAUUAUAUUUGAUGUUAAUAUGCACAUAUGAAAGGUUUUUGUGCACAUUCGGUUUAUCUUCAUGUAGCAUCUUGAAAUCCUUAAAGCUCCGCUGUUUUUCUCCACAGUUUCAGUCUGGUUUCAAUGCAGUCCAAGUUAAUUCUGACUAUAAAUGCAGUUCCGAAACAAAACAUUUAAAUAUAUAAUAAAAUGCUUUAAUGGCUGCUUUACAUAAAGAAAUGAAUGGGUGUAGAUGUAAAAGCUGUCAACAAAAAUACCGAGAGAACAGCUAAAUAACACCUACUGUAUUGACAGCUUUACUGAAAGAAAGUUGCUACUGAAACCGUGGCUCUAAACAAAGUGAAAGCUUGCAAUAUCAGAAACGGAUGCUGCUUUACGCCUGAGCGUUCCGCUUUAUUUUCGCUGUGCAUUCAAUAGGAUAUGUCAUGUUAAAUUUACAAUUUAUUUAUAGCACAUACUGACAGCGAUAUCUGUGCAAGUGGAAAUGCACCAGCUGUCUUUGUGAAAUCUGUUGAUGCAGAGAAUUGAUGUUUGUUCCUUUGUGUUGUGCCUAAAACUUUUCCUGCAAGUUUGAAAUCACAAUAAAACAAACACCUCUAAACUUUCUAUUCAAUGUAUUUUCAGUCCUUUAAAGGGAUAGUUACUCAUCUUCGUGUUGUUCCAAACCUCUGACUUUCUUCUAUAAAA